AGUGGAAAUUGGACUGCAAGUGGCAGCUGCUUUUCCAGAUCUGUACAUCUCGCUUCCGAUCGAAACUCUCCAGGGCAUCGCUCUGUUCCUUCUGUGUUCACUCAUCUACCUCAAGAGUCAAACCCAGUUACAAUUAACAGUACACACACACACACAUAUAGAGAGAGAGAGAGAGGGAGAUAGAGUGAGGAAAGGAGAGAUGGAUGCUCUGAGGAAGCAAGCGAGCAAGUUUAAAGAACAAGUUGCCAAACAACAACAGGCUGUAAUUAAGCAGUUCAGUGCAAGUGGUUAUGAAAGCUCUGAUGUCGUGGUUAUUGAUGAAGUCGAGAUGCAAAUGCAUCAGCAUUUGGAAAAAUUGUAUCGGUCUACCCGUUCUGGAAGGGAUUUUCAGAAAGAACUUGUAAAGGCAACCGAAACAUUUACAGCUAUUGGAUAUAAGCAUAUAGAAGCAGGAACCAAGCUGUCUGAAGAUUGCUGCAAAUAUGGUGUCGAAAAUGUCAACGAUGAAGUUCUAUCUAAAUCUGCAUCUAUCUAUGGAGAUGCUCGAAAACAUGUGGAGAAGGAGGUUGAAGACCUGAAUAGACUAUUGUAUAAUCAGGUCCUAGAGCCUUUGAGAGCAAUGAUAACUGGAUCUCCUUUAGAAGAUGCUCGUAAUCUUGCUCAACGUUAUAGCCGUAUGAGGCAAGAGGCAGAGACUCAGGCGGUUGAAGUUUCUAGAAGACAGGCACGGGUAAAAGAAGCUCCUAUUCCAGAAAAUGUGGCAAAACUGCAUGCAGCAGAAGCUAAAAUGCAGGAACUACGGGCAAAUAUGGCAGUACUAGGUAAAGAAGCAGCAGCUGCAUUGUCUGCUGUGGAAUCACAACAGCAGAGGCUAACAUAUCAGAGACUUGUAGCAAUGGUUGAAGGAGAGAGGCAAUAUCACGAAAGAGUUGCUGUUAUUCUGGGCAAUAUUGAAGCUGAGAUGGUCUCGGAGAAACAACGGAAAGAGGCAACUCCUCCUAUUGUAGCUCCUUCUGCAACCCCAAUCAUUCACUCCUCGGAGAAAACAAAGUACUUUUUGGCUGAGGUAAUUCAUAGUUUUGAAGCUGAAACAGAGAAGGAACUGAGCUUGUCUAAGGGGGAUUUCAUUGUUGUUCGGAAGGUGGCACCAUCUGGAUGGUCAGAAGGAGAAUGCCAAGGUAGGGCGGGCUGGUUUCCAUCUACAUAUGUGGAGAGGCGCCAAAGAGUACCCAACAAUUAUACAGCCGCUGAAGUCUAUUGAGAUGCGCUCCCUCCGUGUACUUUAUCUCUCUGCACAAUGCCGAUGACAUCCCGUGUUGAUUCAAAACCAGUUACUUUCUACUGGAUAUUAGUGCCUCUCUCUGUAUUCUAAUGAUUUACUAAACUGAAUUCAUUUAUAUUCAUCCUCAGACCAGUGCUUGCUCGCAUAGCCAUAAAAAAUUCAUUAAAGAAUUUUUACCCAUUUGAGAUCGAGUUGUAAAUGAUUUGUUGGAAACUGAUACAGAGAGUUGAACUACAUGAGUUUUUCUUUAUGCUUUCA